AUGUCGCACGAGGUCUUAGCUGGCUUGUCGUGCUUCACGACUGCCGAAGCGCAAAAGCUGCUCGCCCGCAUCAACGAGCUCAGCCAGGUCAAGGUCAAGGACAUCCGCGGCCACUGGCUGUACUUCGUCGACUUCAAGACGACCGGCAAGCCCGGACGCGACCAGGUCGAGCAGCUCUUGGAUCUGGACUACACUCAAGAAUCAUCUACCGCCAACGGUGACAAGUCCUUGGACAUUUAUAUUACCCCACGCAACACCGUCUCGCCAUGGAGCUCCAAGGCUACUGCAAUUGCCCACGUCUGUGGGUUGAAAGAGACCCUCAACCGCAUCGAACGGGGAAGAUGCGUCACCAUCGAGUUUGAGAGCCCCUUCAGUGGCGAACAGGCCUUGUCCUUCCGCGACAUCAUCUACGACCGCAUGACCGAGUCCCUGACUUUCGAGCCCCCGAGUACCGUCGAUAUGUUCAGCGCCGGCGCCCAGUCUUCUCUGGCAGUUGUCGACAUCUUCGCCGGUGCCCAGGAACCCAUCGCUGUACUGCAAGAGUACAACCAGAAGAAGGGCCUAGGACUUGACCAGGCCGAGGUGGAAUACUUGGUCGGUGUCUUCCAGAAGCUCGGCCGCCCGCCCCAUGAUGUUGAACUGUUCAUGUUUGCGCAAGUGAACUCCGAGCAUUGUCGGCACAAGGUUUUCAACGCCAACUGGACCAUUGAUGGCCAGCGCCAGGACAAGAGUCUUUUCGAGAUGAUCAAGAACACCCACAAGAAGACCCCUGACUAUACAGUUUCAGCUUACAGCGACAAUGCUGCGGUCGUCCAGGGAGAGGUAGCCAACUACUGGGCUCCUGACUAUAACUCAGGCUCCUGGCGACUGACCAAGGAAGUCAUCCACAUGCUUGCCAAAGUAGAAACCCACAAUCACCCUACCGCCAUCUCUCCUUUCCCCGGUGCUGCAACUGGAUCCGGUGGUGAGAUUCGUGAUGAAGCCGCAGUGGGAAGAGGCUCUACCACCAAAGGCGGUCUUGCUGGUUUCUGGGUAUCGGACCUGCUCAUUCCAGGAAGCAAGCGAUCCUGGGAAUUGGAUAUCAACAAGCCAGCUCACUAUGCCAGCAGUCUCGAUAUCAUGCUUGAAGCCCCUAUUGGAAGUGCGCGUUUCAACAACGAGUUCGGCCGACCGGCUCUGACCGGUACCUUCCGCACUCUUCUCGCACCUGAAGAGUCCAAGAAGGAUGGCGAAUACCGCGGGUACCACAAGCCUAUCAUGAUUGCUGGCGGUGUUGGUACUGUAAGGCCGCAGAACGCUCUUAAGAACGAGGACGAUGUUCAUGAUGGUGCUCAUGUCAUCGUGCUAGGUGGCCCAGCAAUGCUGAUCGGUCUUGGCGGUGGUGCUGCUUCCAGCAACGAUUCGGUGGAAGCCAAUGCAGAUCUAGACUUCAACAGUGUGCAGCGUGGAAACCCUGAGAUGGAGCGGCGCGCACAGAUGGUCAUCAACACCUGUGUUAGUCUCGGAGACCAGAACCCAAUCGCCAUGAUCCACGAUGUAGGUGCUGGUGGUCUUUCCAAUGCCCUACCAGAACUUGUCAAGGAUGCAGGCUUUGGUGGCAAGUUUGAGCUGCGUCAAGUUGAGGUCUCCGGCAGCAACAUGAGCCCGUUGGAGAUCUGGUGCAACGAAGCACAAGAACGAUACGUACUGCUCGUAAACAAGGAGGGCAUUAAUCGCUUCACCAAGAUCUGCCAGCGAGAGAGAUGCGGGUUCUCCAACGUAGGGACUGUCAGUUCGAAGGACGACAAAAGUGGUGCAAGGUUGAUUCUCACAGACCGAGAGUCCUCAGAGCACCCUGUUCCCAUUGACCUGCCCAUGGAUGCCCUCUUCCCGCCUGGAAGGAGACUGGAGAAAGAUGUACAAACUGUGAAGAAGGUCUUGUCUCCUUUCGACGCAGCAGCAAGCCUAAGAGAGAAAUUCAACCUGACCGACAUGAGCGAAACCAUAUCUAAGGCUACUGAGUUGGCCUUCACGCUGCCCUCCGUUGGUUCAAAGAUGUUCCUCAUUACCAUUGGUGACCGAUCUGUCGGUGGCUUGACGGCACGGGACCAACUCGUAGGUCCUUGGCAAGUACCUGUUGCUGAUGUGGCAGUGACUAUGACAUCCUUUGGCAUUGACGAAAAGACACGACGUGGAGAGGCUAUGGCCAUGGGAGAAAAACCGACUUUGGCUUUGAUCUCACCAGCUGCAUCAGCCCGUAUGGCAGUUGUAGAGUCGCUCAUGAAUUUGGGUGCUGCUGACAUCAAGAAUCAACAUAACGUUCGUGGCGAUCUCCGCCGCGUCAAGUUGUCUGCCAACUGGAUGGCGGCCGUCAACCAUCCGGGAGAAGGCCCGGCGUUGUACGAAGCUGUCAAAGCUAUUGGUAUGGAUCUUUGCCCUCAGCUUGGUGUGUCGAUACCUGUUGGCAAGGACUCCACAUCCAUGAAAGCGUCUUGGAAGGACAAGGCUACCGGUCAGGCAAAUAGUGUCACGGCACCUGUGACGGUUGUCAUCACUGCUUUCUCACUGGUUGAGGACGUGCGCAGUACCUGGACGCCCCAGCUUCACCGCGUUGAGGAUGUCGGUGACUCGAUUCUGAUAUACGUAGAUCUUGCGGAAGGUCGCCAGGCAAUGGGCGGUUCGGCGCUUGCACAGACCCUCAAUCAGCUUGGAGACGAGGCUCCUGAUGUGCGAAACGUGGAGCUGAUCAAAGAUUAUUUCGAUGCCGUAUCCCAGCUGCACGAGGAAAAUAUUGUCCUUGCAUACCACGAUAUUUCGGAUGGUGGUUUGUUGACCACUGUCGCAGAAAUGAUGUUCGCUGGUCGGUGCGGUGCUGAGAUUGAUAUCAGCAAUAUCGCGAAAUCAGAGUCAGUCUCUCACACUCUGGAGGCACUUUUCAACGAAGAACUCGGUGCCGUCUUCCAAGUCCGGAAGACAGAUGAGACCAGAUUCAUGAAGUGCUUCGCCACAUGCGGACCACCCCCUGGUCUGAUUAAGAAGAUCGGCUUCGUCAAACAAGCAACCAAGCAAUCACUUGUCAUUAGAAACAGGUCCACGUUACUAGCGGACUUGGAUCGGUCACAAAUGCAGCAAUGGUGGUCAAGCACCUCCUAUGAGAUGCAGAAGCUCAGAGAUAACCCGGCUUGUGCUGAGUCUGAAUAUUCUACAAUUCCUGAUGCCAAGGAUCCUGGUAUCUCAUAUAAACUCUCGUUCGACCCUGCCGACACAGGUCUGCCACUUGUGGCAUCUUUCAAGACCUUGGUUGGGUCCAGGCCUCGUGUUGCUAUUCUGCGAGAACAAGGUGUCAACGGUUACGCAGAAAUGGCGUUCGCGUUCCGUGCCGCUGGUUUUGAUGCCGUUGACGUGAUGAUGACCGACAUCCUGGACGGCUUCUCCCUGGAUGGCUUCCGAGGUCUUGCUGCUUGCGGUGGGUUCUCGUAUGGUGACGUGUUGGGUGCCGGUAAUGGUUGGGCCAAAUCCAUCCUCAUGCACGAGAAUGCCCGCCGCACUUUUGAGAAUUUCUUCAAAAGGCCAGACACUUUCAGCUUGGGUGUUUGCAACGGUUGUCAGAUGCUCACCAGACUCAAGUCCCUCAUUCCUGGUGCCGAGCACUGGCCCACGUUUGUCGAGAACGCCAGCCAGCAAUUCGAAGCCCGCUUCUCCAUGGUCCAGAUUCGCGAGGAAAAGCCAUCCGUCUUCUUUGACGGCAUGACCACAUCUACCUUCCCCAUCGUCGUGUCGCACGGCGAAGGUCGCGCUGAGUUCGCUUCACAGAACCAAUUACAAUCGUUGAGUGACAGUGGCCUCAUCCCUAUCACAUACGUCGACAACUACGGUCAUGCCACUGAACAGUAUCCUUUCAACCCCAAUGGCAGCCCGCAGGCUAUUGCUGGCGUGAAGAGUCGCGAUGGACGUGUCGUAGCUAUGAUGCCGCAUCCGGAGAGAACAAUUAUGGCGGAUUCGUCCAGUUAUGCACCUAAGGAUCUGAAGGACUCGUGGGGUCAGUUCGGGCCGUGGUUCAAGAUGUUUUUGAACGCUAGAAAAUGGGUUGGGUAA